CAUCCUGGAGGCGCGCAGGAAGUCAGCGGUAAAUCCUUCUGCUUUUUUCUCACUAUUGUGAAAAAACUUUCUACUUUAAUGAGCAGAAAAAAAAACGAUCUGAGCUUCUGUUGUUUUUUUUCUUCCUAAAUUCUCGCUUUAUGUCCCAUUUAAUUAUAUAUCUAAUAAAUGAUUUAUUGUUUGUUUGCGGGGUUUUUUAAGCCUUUCGUGGGUGCUGACUUUCAUUUUCGGUUCCGCUCAUUUCCUUUUACUUCCGUUAGUUUUUCUUGUCAGUUGAGCUGCAGGUUUUACCUGCAUCUCUGCAGAGACUCUGAGUCAAAGCAAGAUGAUCCUGCUGCUGGUUCUGCUUUGCUCCAUCUGGGGAGAACCUGCUCUGGCUCUGGAGAAGAGCAAAGCUUUCAGUUUAGGAGGAGACCUCCAGCAGCUCUCAGUGAGCCAUGACUCUGUUUACAUCUCUACAGAGGAGAAGCUUUACCAGCUGAGCCACGACCUGACUGUGAUCCACAGCCUGAACCAGAGAGGGAUCCUAAAGAACCCGGGUCAACUGAACGGAGAGGAGUUUCAUCGGGUCUCAAUGGAUGCUGCCUGGAAUACAACUUUCACCAUAAAUGUUUUAUUACCUUUUGUGAACAAUGGGACAUUGAUCAUCUGCGGUGGGACAGACAAAGGCUGUGGUUACUGUGAGGUUCUGGACCUGAGGGACAUCUCUAAGCUGGUGUUCAGAGAACACAUCCAGGUGGGACCUCUGAGGAACAGCAGAGGUUCUGUCAGCUUUCUGGUGGACGUGAAGAAGGAUUCAGGUCAGACUGAGACGUACAUCCUGACCGCCAUCCAGAAACAAGAGGAAACCAAGUGUCCAUCUGACUUAAAGACAAUCAACCUUCAAAACACAGAUCAGAAACAGUCUGGGGGGAUAUUUGCUUUGUCUGAAGAAGGAGAAACACCUGGAAUCCAAACUGAAGUUGAUGUAGAUUUUGUGGAUGGAUUUCAGAUCAACUCAACAGUGUUUCUGUUCUCCAACGUGGCAUCAGGAGCUAAAACCAACAAAGUCCGCCUGAUUUGGCUUCAGGCUGAAACCAGUAAAGCUCAGACUCUAAAGUCUCUUGGUGGAGCGACUCUCAGUAGCUCUGAUGGAGGUGAAGGCAGCAGACUGCUGGCCUCCUCGCUCAUCCCAGGAGGACAGCAGGUCCUUUGGAGCGGAGUGUUCAGUUUGGAUGGAGGAGAGACCAACACUGAGCUGCUGCUGUUUGACAUCAGUCCUGAUCAGAGCAGGACAACAGGCACCGAUCCAGACUUCUAUUACUCAUCAAACAAGCCUAACAAGCCGUCAGAAGCUGCGGCUCUGAAACCAAAGGCGAAGCUUUUUAGGAAGAACCACAUGAGCUCAGUUCUGGCCGUCAGGCUGGACGGCUGGAUGGUUUUCUUCAUUGGAACGACGGAUGGACAGCUCAUCAAGCUUGCCGUAGACAGGAACUAUCAGCCCGCCUGUCCAAAGAUCCUCUACAGAACCAGUGGAGACAACAGAGUGUUUCCUAAAAUCCAUCUGGAUCCAGUAGAUCAGAGUUAUGUUUAUGCUGCGUUUAAAAACCAGGUGAAGCACGUUCCGGUCUCAAACUGCGGCGCUCACCAAAAUGUGAAGGAUUGUCUUUCUGCACAGGAUCCAUUCUGUGUCUGGUGUUUGACUGAAAAAAGAUGUACAUUUAAAGACAAAUGCAAAGAUGGAGAUUGGUUUUCCAUCCCUGAUGAAUCCAAGCAGAAGUUAGUUUCUCAUAUAGUCAUGCAGGACUCCACAGGAGAGAUCAAACUUAUCAUUCAGACACAUCUGACCCUGAAGCAGACGGUUCCGCCUAGAUUCGCCUGUCAGUUCUCAUCCUCCAUCCACCAACUUUUCAAAGAAACUGGACCACCACCUCAGUACCCACGAUGCACCCGCAUUCUAAACAACUCCUCUCCUCCUGAUGAUGUGGAUGUUGAUAUAAAGAUCAGACUUGGAGGAACAAUCCUGGAAGACCAAAUAAAGUUGUCCAACUGUUUAAAUAUCACUGGGGAGGCAAGUCUUCACCUGUGUCAGCGGUGUAUCAGAGCCGGCUGCGGAUGGAGACAGAACCGCUGCUCCUGGGCCACUGAUCCAGUCCAGAAUGAAAGCAUUUGUGAAAACAUGGAGUUUAAGAAAAUCUUUUCUAACCCAGAGAUCUCCUCCAUUUCUCCCAGCGUUGUGUCUUUCUAUGGCAGAAAUCAUGCUGUGCUGUCGGGUCAUAACCUCAGAGAUGUGACCAGAGUCAGGAUUCAGGACAACAUGGGCUGUGAUCCAAAGGAAUCUGCUGUGCUGAACAACAACGGGUCCAGCCUGAUGUUCCAUGUCCCCAGUGCAGAAAUGAAAGGCAUGGCCAAAGUUUGUGCUCUCCUUCUAGAUGGAAGCUGCCAUGGCAACCUCGCUAUCACCUAUCAGUCAUCACCCACCUGCAGCGACAUUGUACCAGCCAUCACCUGGAGAAGUGGGAAGAGGAAGGUCACUCUUAUUGGUACCAGCAUGCAUUUGGUGGACGGUGUCACACACAGCUCCACCCAACAGGAAGUCAUUCCUUCCGGGAGCAGAAGUUAUCAGAAUCUCACCUAUGAAACACGUGCAGAAACGGAUACCAGGAUGUUACGUAGCCCUGUGUUUCUGAAAGUAGCCAAUGAGACACUGAAAUGCAAUAAAGAAAUAGUUUACUAUCCUGACCCAGAGUUCAACGGCUUCACAGCCGUGAAGGAAGGGAUGAAUAUCCGCAUCAGUAUUCAAAAAAAGGCAGAUAAUCUGGAGAUGAAACCCGAGGAGUUGGAUGUUUGGGGGAUUGAUGGUAAAAAGCAAUAUCAAUGCAACAAAAUAUUCAAAGAAAGUGGCAAAGAGACAGAAACUUUCAUCUGUGAGAUCGAAGGAAUGCAGAACUCUGACUUUAAACAGGUUCAGAUUAAAUAUGGAGGAAAGUCUCUAACCCUGAACCAGUCAUCUCGACUUCCACUUUAUGUACUACUUGUCAUUCUCCUGAUACCUGUCCUCAUUACUGUGGUGUAUUUUAUCUAUCGAAAACGAAGAAAGCACACUGCUGAGACAGACGCGUCGAUGGGAGACCUGGAGUUCGACAAUAUGGAAGACUAAUACUUGGAGCAGAGCCCUGCAGAAGGCUGCUGGUGUCUUCCUGAAACCCUGCUGACUGCCUCUUUGGGUCCCUGAGCAAAUGGCCCCAGAUUGCUCCCUGGGUGCUCCAAGCUGCCCGUUGCUCCCUAAGGAAUGAAUUGAAUGCAGAAGACAAUUUAUUUAUAUAUAUAUAUAUAUAUAUAUAUAUAUAUAUAUAU